AUGGCUACUGUCAGGAUUUGUGUCUGUGGUGACGAUGGCACCGGCAAGUCUAGCCUCAUCACCUCGCUGGUCAAAGGCGUCUUCGUCACAAAUAAGAUCCAGCCUGUCCUCCCUCAGAUCACGAUACCUCCCUCAAUCGGAACCCCAGAAAAUGUGACCACAACUACGGUCGUUGAUACAUCGGCUCUGCCACAAGAACGAUCCAACCUGGCGCGCGAGAUAAGGAAGGCCAAUGUGAUUUUACUUGUAUACUCCGAUCACUACAGCUAUGAGCGCGUCGCCUUGUUCUGGCUACCGUAUUUCAGAUCGCUUGGUGUCAAUGUACCUGUCGUGCUGUGCGCGAACAAGUCUGACCUUGCUGCAGCUCACAGCGAGGCGCAGGUGAUCGAGGAAGAAAUGCUUCCUCUAAUGGCGGAGUUCAAGGAGAUUGAUUCAUGCAUUCGGACUAGCGCUCGUGAACAUCGCAAUGUGAACGAAGCGUUCUUCGUUUGCCAAAAAGCAGUCACUCAUCCUAUAGCUCCGCUGUUCGAUUCCAGGGAGGCCGCUCUGAAGCCUGCCGCUGUGGCUGCUCUACAACGCAUCUUCUAUCUAUCCGACAAGGAUCGUGAUGGAUAUCUAUCUGACAAGGAGAUUGCGGAAUUCCAAACACGGUGUUUCGGGAAGCCUCUCAGCGUGGAAGACUUGGUCCACAUCAAGGAGACUAUUCAGAAAACCUACCCGGAAUCUGUCAACGAAGCAGGCAUUGGCUGCCACGGAUUCAUACAUUUAAACAGGCUCUAUGCAGAGAAAGGGCGGCACGAGACAGUGUGGAUUAUCUUGCGGGCGUUUAAGUACACCGACAACCUCUCUUUACAGGAAAGCUUCUUGCAUCCGCGCUUCGAAGUGCCUCCUUUUGCAUCGGCUGAACUUUCUCCAGAAGGAUAUCGUUUUUUUGUGAACCUGUUUCUUCUCUCUGAUAAAGACAAUGACGGGGGCUUGAAUGACGAGGAGCUGGCACUACUCUUCGCCCCAACCCCUGGUCUGCCUGCAUCAUGGGCCGAUGGUUCGUUCCCGUCUUGUACAGUCCGUAAUGAAGCCGGGCAUGUAACACUUCAGGGCUGGCUGGCCCAAUGGAGUAUGACAACUUUUAUGUCACCAAAGACUACCCUUGAGUACCUCGCAUAUCUAGGUUUCGAGUCUUCUGAUCGAAGUAACCCUUCUAUCACAGCCGCAUUGAAAGUGACGAAACCACGCAGAAGGCGGCAACGCCCUGGGCGUGUUGGUCGGAAUGUGGUACAAUGCCAUGUGAUCGGGGCUCCUGGGUCCGGUAAGUCGGCCCUGCUCGAUGCCCAUCUUUCACGCGGAUUUAGCACGACAUACCAUCCUACUAUUCAACCUCGUACGGCAGUGAACACGGUUGAGCUACCUGGCGGAAAGCAGUGUUAUCUGAUCAUGGACGAAUUGGGUGAAUUGGAACCCGCCAUAUUGGAUAACCAGGUAAAAUUACUGGACCAGUGUGAUGUGAUCGCAUACACCUAUGACUCGUCUGACCCCGAUUCAUUCUCCUACAUUCUAGAACUCCGAGCAAAAUAUCCUCACUUAGAGGAAUUGCCUGGUGUCUUUAUUGCCCUUAAAGCCGACCUGGACCGAACCACUCAGCGCGCAGAGUAUCAACCCCAUGAGUACACAGCUAUGUUAAAUAUGCCCAGUCCGCCACUCCAUGUGAGCGUGACUUGGACUUCCAUUCAGGAGGUCUUUGUGCACAUUGCAGAGGCGGCCAUGGAGCCUAGCACUGUCUUCCCACGCAGUGAAGAGGAUGUUGAAGGGAAAUGGAUGUCUUGGGGCAUUGCGCUUGGAGCAGUAGUCUGCGCCGGGGCGGCAGCAGUCAUGAUAUGGCGUCGUGUUGGAAGUUGA